AUGGUUCAGGGUGUUGUCUAUGCUGGCAGAACUGACGAGCAAAUAGAGCAGCUGGAGGCUGAGAACCAACGUCUAAAGGCCAAGCUGGAAGACGAGUCCAGCCGCCACGCCGUCCAAACUGAGGAGCUGGAAGCCUCACAUCGCGAUGCCCUGGGGGCCGCGGCGGAGCAGCUGGAGUCGCAGCGCGUGGCCUAUGUCACCCAGAUGGAGGACAUGCGGCAGAACUUGGACAACCAGUAUCGUCAGGAGCAGGAUGCUCUCAAGGCACAGGAGCAAGAGCAGAACCAGCGCUUUCAGGAAGAGCUUCAGCAGCUGAGGGAUCGGGAAGCAGCCCAGCGAAAGAGGCACGAAGAGCAGAUGAUGGAGUUCAGGGGCCGGGAGGAGGAACGGCAGCGCAAGUUCCAAGAAGACUUGGGCGAGGCCGAAGUGCUUCCGACACCGGUCGACGUGCUGGAGAUCUCGGACACAGAGGAGGUCGAAGGCAUCAACGACUACCCACGAGCUCUCGAAUUCCAGAAGAGCUGGAUUCACUCCGAGAAUUAUGCGCACGUCUUGGAACGCGUCACGGAUAAUGUGGUUGAGCUGCAGUCGCAGUACGUUGGUACUUCGCCUCCGAUUCAGGAGUCGAUGAAACUUGUCCGAGACCUUUGGAUGCUCACCGAUCAGGCACUUGCAAACCAAAACUCCUACCAAUGCUUCAACCUUUGCGUGCUGUGCGAGAUGUCGCCGGAAGAGCUGCUAGCAAAGCCGCUGAAGACCAUCUCCGUGUCGCGCGCAAAAGACUACAAGGACAAACUGAAGAUGGCUCUCAUUGCCCCUGCAGAUGCCGCCGGCGGUCUCGUCACCGGUGUUUUCGCCGGCUUGCUUACUGCAGGAGCCUUCGGAACGGCCGGCGGUCUCGUCGCUGGCGAAGUGACGGCAGAGAAAAUCGGUCCGGGCUUUGUCAGCCUUAUGGCGGGCCUCAUCUCUGGAGCCGUGACCGGUGCGGUGGUGCUUCCUUUCGCCGUAGCGGACGGCAAGUUCUUGCCAAACCAGCCCUUCGCGAACCAUUUUGGCGCAAACAGCUACGGCUUGAAGUCGCUCAGGAAUGCUAUGGAUUACAAUGUCUCCAAGUAUGUGGACGGCUUCUUCGACAGCAAUCCUGACGACCUGUACAAACCGGACGAGUCGUCAAGUGAAGAGGUGCAGAACUACAAAGCCUUGUCACACUGCGAGUAUCUGCGGCUUCGGCCAUUCGACAUCCGCCACGCCAUACUCUGCGCCCGGCAUUCCAUGCUUUGUGGAAAGAGCGGUGGCAUGUUGGUCGCGGAAGCAAAAGAUGGUCAGUGUGCAGCCCUUUCCGGGCGCUACAUGCAAGAUACGCUCUUGCGCCAACACUUCCAGCAGAGCAAAUAG